UUUCUUUUUUGACAGAAGGUGGCGUUAAUCAGAAUCGGUAAGCCAUGUUGUGUUUUCCAAUAAUUUCUCUUAACGCGAUUUCUCCUUGCAAUAAUCCACUAGAAUUCUAAUAACUUACUCACAAAUAGUGUUGUAGUGUUUUGGUAUAAGUGUAUUGUUAAUUGGGCAUGUGUAUAAAUGGCGGAAUACGGAACUUCUUUUCGCCGAACCAGUAGCGGUAGCAACAGGGAAGAUCCGAGGUUAACGCGAAGGGACAGCAGCAGCGCGACGAAAGAGUCUUCGCCGGAAAAAACGCAAUCAAACUGGCAAAGUCAUUAUUCUACGAUGCAAACAUCGUAUCAACAUUUACAAGGAACCAUGUACAGCGAUCCUAACCAAUACCCAACGCCGGGUUAUCAAAGCGCGUACGCUGGUUAUACAAAUUACAACCCGUCGGGAUAUAGUUCGUAUGAGGGCUAUGGACGCGAACACCAGGCCGCCGGGUAUGGAACGACUGCGAAUAUGCAACCAGGACCGCCGGGUGAUGCAUAUCCCCAAGGUGGUUGGGCUCCAGUUGGUUCUGGUUAUCUAUCUAAUCAGCAACAGACCGGUAGUUCUACAGAUAAACAACAACAUUCUGAUGGUAUUGCCCAAGAAAUAGAACAUCAAAAAGCGGAAUUAAUAAAGCAGAGAGACGAGUAUAACAAGCGUGUUUCUGUUCUGCGAAAGGAGUUAGAUCUCCUCAGAAGACAAAAACAGCAGCUGAUGCAAGACCACAAAUCGGACAGGGAUACAGAUAUGAUACUGCGUGAAAAUGGAAAAUUACAGAUUGAAAUACAGAAUAAAUUGAAGGACGCGUUCAAAGUAAUCGAUAUCUUUACUGGACUAAUAGGAGACGAAGGAAAACGCGGCCGGAAGGAGGCCGAUUCCGAAUCGUCCUCCCCCUCGACGAAAUCAAAACGCCAACCAAGCGAAAUGCCGUUUGAUUCUCGUUGCAAUUAUGUUCACUAUGAUCCGGAGUUACAUUGGUGCCGAAUGUGCGACAUUUUUCCUAAAACUGCCAAAGAUCUGCUUAUUCAUCUGCAGAGUAAAGAGCACAGGGCCAAUGUACAAGAAGAUGAAGCUCCGUGGCAUAAAUUGCCACCAGAACAAGAAUUUCCUUAUAUAGAAGGCGCCCCAACAAAACGUCAUCCCAUAAAAGGUUUACAAUUUUUCGUCUCUACAACAGCUUGGUAUUGUCGCUUAUGUGACUCAUGGAUAGGAGAUCUACAUUGUGCAUCACUCCAUUUAAAAUCAAUCAAUCAUUCACAAAAUUACUCGAAUUUUGUUGAACAGAAUCCUCAUUGGGAAAUCGAAUGGUUAAAAGAUCGCGAAAAAUCGUUAAGUCGUCUUUCUCGUCAUAAUAAAAGUUCCGAUUCGGAUGAUUCCCACGAGAAGAAGAAAAAACACAAGAAACAUUCUUUAUCGCCGAAUCAAUCGCGCGAUAAACGUAAGAAAAAGAAAUCGAAGAAACGCCGUAAAGAUUCGAGCGAAUCUAGUAGCAGUUCGAGUAGUUCUUCGAGUUCCGGAGAGGAAGGCAAUAAAGAUACAUCAAAAAGUAUUCACGUUGCAAUGCGUAACAAAAUGAAACUUCAAGCGCAAAUGUUAAUGAACGAGGAAUUAAGUGGAAAAUGGGAAGCGAUCGGACGUCUCGUUGAAGAAAGAAAGAAAAAGGAAGCUGAAAUCGUUGAGAAACACGAAGAAGAUCAAAUGAUCAAUCAAUGGAUGAGUGUUAAGCAACCUCAAGAUAAGGAUAAAGCUCUUCUUUCGAAUUUAAAGGAUCGUCUAAAACAGAAACAGGAAGCUGAAAAAGUGAAAUUUGCUGAAAUGGAACGGAGACGUUUGGAAAAAGAAAAAGAAGAAAGAGAGAUGAAAGAACGCGAAGAAAAGGAGGCUCGCGAACGAGAAGAAGCAAAACGCAAGGAAAGAGAAGAUUUGGAUCGAUUGAAGGAGAUUCGAGAACAGGUUAAAUUUAAAACCAGAAGUGGAAGCGAUAAAGAACGAUAUCGAAGAAAGAGGUCGUCAUCAAGGAGUCCAGAUUAUAAACGGAGAGACUCAAGUCCAUCUGGGGACCAUAGAAGAAGAGGAAGUCCUGAUAAACAUAGAAGAUAUGAAAAUGGUAAUCGUUCAUCUGAAUACGAGGACAAUUCUCGUCAUAAACGAAAAUAUGACGAUAAAAAAGGGCCACCACCACCACCUCCAUAUAAAAAGUUACCAUUCAUUGGGCGUAUGCCGCUUUUUAAGAAUAAAAAGAUGGACGAGAAAUCGGAAAAUCGUGAGGUGAAAAAAGAAGAUUAUGAUGUACCGCGUCCUUCGCGUUUCCAGCCGGGUAAUUUAGCCCGUGCUUUUAUUCCCGAACCAGAAGUGGUUUGUUUCCCCAAAUUAUCCUGUUAUCCAGAAAUAUUACCUCCACCUCCGCCGGUAGUCCCGAAAAUCGCUGAACCACCAGCGCCCCCAAAAAUAAGCGAAACAAUUCCAAAAGCUCCACCACCUCCGAAAAUUAAACCGGAAGAAGAAGAGAAAGAAACUGUUGGUAAUGAAACUGCAAAGGAUUCCAAAUCGGGAGAUAAUACGACGGUUGAAGAUAUGAUGAUUAUGGAAGAUGAAAGUACAAUUAAUCCUAUGAGCGAAUAUCAAGAUCCAGGUUAUGAUUAUUAUGAUUACACAAUGAUGUAUCAGCCGCCUGUUUUUGAUUAUAAUGUAACAAGCGAUAAUGGUGAGGAUCAAAGUGGUGUACCUUUAUCGCAUACCAUGCCUUUACAACCGCCUCCAUUACCGCCAGAUGACCCCAACGAUGACCUCGCACUUUUGGGGUUAAGUUCAGAUGAUUUAGCUGUUCAAAUGGUUAAGUAAAUUUUAUUAGAAUUCGUUCCAACUUUUAUGGGAUUUUUUUUUAAUUGGUUUAGUUUGGCUAAUUAUUAUUAUUUUUUUUUUGGUUAUAUUUAAGUAUGAUUGUAGUGACACGUUUGUUGAAUAAAUCGUUCUUAAUCAAUUGA